AUGGGCCGGUGCCUCCCGACUCGCUCCCCGCCGCCUCCCGGGCGCUGCCGCCCGCGGGCUGCCGGUGUCCGGCGGAGGGCCGCCGCCUCGCUCCUCGCACGGGCCCCAGGUGAGCGAAUGCAGCGCGGAGCCCCGCCGCCGGCAGCGCGUAAGUACGUCUCGGCGGAGCGGCGGGAGGCCUGGGCGGCUGUGCCGCUCCCCGUGUUACCGGCGGCAGCCGGGGAGACUUGCCGGGACGCGGCGACAGGUGCCCGCAGAUGGAGGCUGCGGGGGGCAGCCUCGCCGCAGGCCGCUUGCGGCGGGCUUGGUCGUGGAAGGGUGAGGAGGCAGAGCCGCCUGCUGCGCCUCGGCGGCAGCGCUGGGUGCCUGCGGGGCUCCCCGCUGCCUCCUCGCCUCAGUCCGCCCGCCGGCCCCUCCGUCCCUCGGCCCCCUCGCCCCCCUCCGCCGGGCUUUCGCCGCCCGCCUCAGUCCGCCGGGGGCGGCGCGGAGGCCCGAGGCCAGCCCCGCACGCCCGCUCCCUCCCGCCGAGCUGCGGGCGUCGGGCCGAGCGUAAAGUAUGCUUGUGGAUAUACAGAGUCUGAUUCUUCUCUUGAAAAAGAAAGAAAAUCAAAGUUCAAAUCUUUCAAAAAGUUUUUUGGUAAAAAGAAAAGGAAAGAGACAUCAUCUUCUGGGAGCAGCAGUCUGAAGUUAUUCCAGUCAACAAGUGAUGUUGCAGCCUCUCACAACAUGCAUGUUAAUUAUGAUUCUGAAGAUGAACUUGAGAUACAUAAAGGCAUUAUGGGAAGCAGAGCUUUGUCACAUGAUAGCAUUUUCAUCCCUGAGACUGGGCAAGAGCCUGCAAGGCCAGUAAGAGUGUUUUCUCAAGAAAAUGUUUCUGAUCGGAUUAGAGCUUUACAGUUGAAACUCCAGCCUACCAUGAAAUUGGGACCUCCACCUCCAUUUGGACUUCAUGCAAAGCGAACAGAGGAUGCUGGGACUAGUUCUGAAGAUGAUGGAUUACCCAGGAGCCCUCCAGAAAUGUCUUUGCUCAAUGAAAACUUAAAUUCAGGCACAACAACAAGAUUCUCUGACUCUCACAAGCACCUUAGCUCUUUGAGUUUAGCUGGAACAGGCAGUGAAGAAGAAGAACAGGUUACAUUGGGUUCUUCUUCUAGAUCUCACUUUACAGACGGUCAGCUGUUCCCUAGGCAUGGAAGUGCCAGAACUGGAGCUCCCCAGAUAUCUGACAGUGCCAUCUCACCUGGAGUUGAUUUUGACACUCCACCUGAGCUUUCCUCUUGCCUGGAUAAUUCUGCUGCUAAACAUAAGCUUUUAAUAAAACCCCGGAACCAGAGAUCCAGUAAAAUAAGAAGAUUUUCUCAGAGGACCCAGUCUGAAUCUCUGACUGAUUUGAGCUGUACCCCAGAAGAAGAAGAGGAUGAUGAAAAGGAGAUACAGACAGACUUGCCAGAUGCUGUAUUCAAACCCAGCAAUCAAGAACUGCCAUGUGGCACAGCUGCAGCGCAGGAUGUGGCUUCCUGGCCGAAGCCCAGAAUGCCUGAGGACUUUCCCCCUGCUUUGAGACCAGUGAUGACUCAGCCUGCUUCUGAGCCUGCUGCUGUACAGGAAGCCCUGCUACCAGAGAAUAAACCGGAGGGCUGCCAGCCAGCACUGGAAACAACGUGUGUGAAGCCUGAGUCCUCGAUGCUGUUCGAAGGCAAAGACUCCACAACUUCUUCCUACUCCAGUCCAGACAGAGAAGUACAAAAGCAAAAAGAUUCCUCAGAAACACUGGUUCUGUUGUCUGGGGAUAUGAGCAAUGUGUCAAUCAAUAUUUUAAAUGAAGAAAAUAAGGAGCCUCCUACCUUGUUUUCAGUACAUAAAAUACCAUCCGAAGAAGAUAUUUCAGUUAGUAAGAAUAGUAUUAUUUGCUUGGAAGGCUCUGGAGAAAAUAUACAGACGGAUGAUCAAGUACCUGUGGAAAUGCCCUGUAAUAAAGAGGGAAAGAAAGAGGUUGCUCUGUUGUCAGAAUCCAGCAAGCAACUUUCCAUAGGUCCUUUUCAGCCCACAGACUCGUUCCAUGUUUCACAUCCUGCUUCCUCAACACGGAUGGGAUCAUCUGCUUCCUGCUUUCUAGACAAAACAAAGACUGCACAAGGGGCAGCUGCUUCUGGUAAGGAGAACAGUCAGUCACUGAUCCACAAGGAGGAACUUUUGGGGAAGAAAGCUGAAAAAGCAGCCAGUGAACUCCAUGCCCUGAGAAAAUUUUCUGUUUCCUCUGCACGGGAGAGACCAAGGACCAGAAGCCUACACUUCCCAGAAAGAUCAGAGCUGGGAAGCCCAUUAAAUACCAGAUUCCUCCUGUCCAAAGAAAAAGUCUCCUCGAAAAAUGCGAAGUGGAAAGAAGACUUGCAGAAGGGAUCAGAUCUGGAGGAGGAAAAAAAUAGCAACAAAAAGCAGACUUUGCUGCCAGAGUCUGACUCUGAGAACACAGGGCGACCUACAGAAAUUUUGGCUGGCUUUGUUUCUCUGGCUGUUGAUGCGGUGCCAGUGCCAGGCGAUUCUUUGGUGGUUUCUCAGAGUCAGCUAAGCUGUGAAGAUACAAGUCCUUUCCAAGUGAAACUCAGAUCCACCUCACUGUCUUUGAAAUAUCGAGAGAACUCGUCACCAGAAUCAAAAGGGAUUAAAAGAUACAGUGCAGAGUUUAAUUUAGAAAAUGAAGGAUUGGCUUCCUUUCCAAAAGGUGAUAAGGCACAGAUCAAAAAAACAGCCAAUAUAAAUAUUGGUGGUUCUUUAAAUGAAAAGAUCAAACCCAAAGCGAAGUCCUCUGAACAGCUUAGUAGCAAACCUCCGUUGCCCAGAAAGCCAGCCUUGCAAAACAUAACCGUUCCAAAUACUGCUGCAAACAAGGAGAAGCAGGACAAAGAUAUUCACUCUCCUGAAUCCAGGAAUGAAGAUAGAGACUUGGAGAAAAAGUCACAUCCUUGUAAAGUGCCUGAGAGAAGUGUGCCUUCCCCCGUGGUUGCUGGAGACUGCAGAAGAGAUCCCGACACUCCUGCAGAGCCAGCCUGGAUUUCCAUAGCAAGGCAAAAGCAAAGGGGUGUGCAGCAGGAGCAGGAACUCAACACGGAAAAACUUGUGGCUCCGGAUAUUAAGUUGGAUACAGAGAAACAGAAUAAAGAGAAGGAACGAACUGAGGGGUCAGUGAAGCAGCAAUGGAGCAAACCAUCACACUUGGCACCUAAAACCACUUCUGAAGAACAGAGGAGAGAGACAAUGUCUGAAGUGAAGGAGCCCCUGCUGAGAACCAGUUCAUUGUCACAUUGUGUCCCUGUAGCUCCAUCACCAGCACUGGUGGAUAAGGAGGAAAUAAGCCACUUGAAGAAAGCCAGUAAUGCUGCUCCAGAUCAGCCAUCAUGGAUGGAACUGGCCAAAAAGAAAUCACAAGCUUGGAGUGAUAUGCCACAGAUUAUAAAAUAAAACAAUGUAAACAAAUAGCAUCUUCUGUAAUUAAGUCAACUACUUAACUGAACUUCUACAGACCAGCUAAUCACAGGGAAGAAUCUCUUGAUACAGGAGAAGGGUUUUAUUAUACAGCUGUGGAGAAAGUGUGCAAUAGCUGCAGUCAAAAAGUUUACCUUCAGCUUUCUAGCAAUCAGGAUGCAAUGGGAAUGGAUUACUUAAAUUAUGCUAAGGACAUACUUACACCUUUGAAAAGAAAACUUUUGCCUUACAACUUUCCUGCAUUUUAUGCUUUUAAUGAUGUUUGCAUCAAAACAGGAUCUUUGCUAAACUCUGCUGAACUUCUGUUGUUGCUGGAAACUCCUAUUUGUUACGGUUUUCUCUGUUUACAUUUAUAAAUUGUGCACUAACAUUGUUACUCUGUUGAUGUGUGUCACUGCGAUCGUCUGACACUCUUUCUGUCAAAGCUGUUCGGCCCAUGGAGGUGUUCAUGAGUAGCUGCUAGUGAGCACUCCAUUAAAAAGUGUUGCUUGAGCCGCGUGCUUGCCUAACUGAGACAAGUGGUCCAAUUUCUGGGCUUAGGUUACAUUUCAUGAAGCACAAAUACACACAUUUAUGCGUGACCAUGAAUAAAAAUUCCUCAGCUCCUUCUGUGAGCAAUUUUGGUUGCACAGUGUUUGCAAGCAGGCAAGCAGUAAGGAGACUGAUCUGCAGUUGGAAGCUCAUCAAUGCAUCCAUAGUUGCUUUCCUGCUUUUAUCUGGUUGCAGCUGGCUUUCCUUUGCGUGGAAUCAUCUUUCUCAAUUACGAGGAUACUAUUAGUAGCAAUGGACAAUAUGAAUUUAGUUAAAAAAUGAAAACUGGAAAGUCUUGAGCUAGAGACCAAACAGAAAUGCUGGGAAAAACUGUGAACUUCAUUGUGGUGUCAGCUUCGCAUGUCACCCCCUACAUAAUCUUAAUUAUUCUCAUUAAAAACCAGUAAUGUAUAGCAUCUCUGUACUUUACUACCUUUGUAUAAAACUCUCAUGCUUAUCAGCCUCAGUCUUCCCCACCAGUUUGGGACUCCAGCUCAUGAAGUCUCCUAGGUUCUUCACCUUCACCUGUUUAACAAGAUUAACAAGAGAAAUCAUUGCUGGUCAUUAAUCAGGACCCCUCUGAAUAUAUUUUAAGACCUCCCUGUGAGUUAGAGCAGCAAACAACAAACCCCGUUAGGGAAUUGCUUUGAAACUAAAUGCCCCACUGCUAGGGCAAGCAUUUCACUUUGCGUACGUUUGUGUGAAGUACUACCUUAGUUUAUAUUUGUGAUUUUGUAUUUCUUGUCACAUUAACAUUCUCUUUUUGGAGAAAAGUAGGGGGAUUUUAGGAAGCCUAGGAUUUCCUAACACCUGCAUUUGCUGUUUCAAAAUCUUGUCUUCUUCAAGGAGGUGGGGAGGAAAACCUGAGCUCCCUCAGUAAUGACAACAGCAUUUUGCAAUGAAUAACGAAAAAAGGCAAUGGAACAUGCGGAUAUCUAAGACACCGAUAAUGGUUUUGAGACAGGUUGUCUUUCAUCAUGGAAAAUAGGAGGAGGAAAAACGAGUUUUAUAUUUGUCAAAGCCUUUGGAUAAAGCCUGUCAGCCUGUGUGGCUGCUGAAAUCAGCCUGCGUGGCUGCUGAAAUCAGCCUGUGUGGCUGCUGAAGGCCUGAUGCAGCUGCUGCACAGACCUGCUCCGGCCCAUCAACAGCAGCUGUCAGUGGUCCCAAAGCAAACGGGCUUCUGCCAGCUGUCCCAGGGUUUUCUCCUUCACACAAAUCACGACGGGCAGCGGGGGCAUACCUGCUGGUAUCAGAAGUGGCAAGACAGCUCGCUGUUAAACCGAACCACGGCAGAAAUAGUAACUUAAUUACAGGACAUGCAACCUUGGGCUCAAUUGCCCAGAGGUUUGUUGUGCAAACAACUUUCGCAUUGCUCCCCCAUGAGCAAACAUGCACAGCCCUUAAUCUCAAGUGGUUUUGGGGUUUUUUUUGGUAUGUAAAUCAUACUCCAGGGCCUACCAUAGAAAUAGGUACAUUUUUCAGAUACAAUAAAAAGCAUCUUAACUCCCUCUCUCUCCAAAACACCCUUUCUGUAAUAAAAUUAGCAUAAAGUGUAGCUUUAAGAUACACUGUUACCUUUUGUAACAAUCUUGAAAA